UAGCCAUGAUGGCCGAGAGAUGCGCCGGCUCGACGUCAGCCGUAACUACCUGACACACAUGGUUGCGAUCGUCGGACACUCGACCAUCAUUGGCGCCACAUCGAUCGAAUGACACAGGCACGAAAUGAUGCCGGCCAUCUCAGGCAUCAGCGUCAGGUAGGAGUCUGGAAUCAGCAUCUCGGCUACGCCAGCCAUGGCCUGGGCAUGCUGUCAGCUCCAUCUUGCCGACACUUCACGACACAAACUCAUGCAGAUAACCCAACGCCCCAUGAGGACAUGCCCUGUUCAUCCUGGCGGACACAUGCGGCGAUGACAUCAACGACGCCCAGCUCCAGCAGCUGCACCAUCUGCGGAUUCGCCACCUUUAUUACGUUUUCUUCUGCUUCUGGAGGCCGAUACGCUGUGAGAAAAGUUCACAGCCGCACAAGGCUCUCCAUCAGUGCGUGCAAAGGCUCGAGCUCAGACACUGACUGGCAUGCACCACCGAGCAAUGCAGGCAGAAAUGCCAGGUCGACCAUUCACCAAUGGUACUCCGUGCGCAGUGCAAACUGCUUUGCCAUGGCCACACAUACCGACACAAGCAUGGCGUCUGACUGCUGGCUCUGCUUGCUGCCACCUCAGGGUGAGCCACUGGCCGACUGCAGAAGUGCCUCGCUGAGCGCCUCAAGAAACCCGCAGCCGGCUGCCUGCCGCAUGUGCCGCUUGGACACUGCCGUGUCUGAUGUGCCCAACACCUGAGCAGAGUGGCAGCUGCCCACGUCGCUACCUCAUUUUCCCUGGGCGUGCGCAUAGCGUCCACCAGCGCCUCAAUGCCGCUGGCCCAAACCACCCUGCCGACCCGCUGCGGCGUCAUCACCAGCACCUGCAGCAACACAACUGCCCGCAACCGGCCCUCCUCUGCUGCUACUGAACUGCCCUGAGCCUGCACGACUAUCAGUUGCAGCAUCUCUCUCUGCAUGGCCAUAUCGAGCACUAACUCAGACGCAACAUCCCACA